GCCAUUUCAAUGUUCCUCUUAUGGAAAUACCGUGGUAACAAUCGAAGCUGCAAGCUGCAAGAACGAGGGGAGUCGGACGUUUGGGUUGGCAAGAGCACGUCAGUUAUCCAACAACCCCCGGUCUCAUGGAGAGCAAGGACUUUUAAAUGGUCUUGAACUACUUAACAACUACUUAGCCUUCCAAUCUGCUCAGAUAGAUACCUAGUUACCUCAUGUUUCCAAUUUUCUAAGUCUGACUCGUAUCAUUGAAUCAUUGACAAUUAACUUCGACUAGUUAUAACUACAUACAAUAUUUGUUAUAAUUCUUUCAUUUAUUCUCUUCUUAUUCUCAUCGUAGGAACUACUCUUCAUCAAUUUGGCGUACCUAGGUACACUCAUCUAUUUUGCAUUGCGACCAUGAGUUCCGAGGACUCUGAUUUCUAUGGCGACGACGAAGUUCUGGCAGAUCUCAAAGCCAAAGUAAAGAAAUUCGACGUUGAAGCUUGGUGGGAACAAUACCAAACUCUCGAUACACCGCUCAAGAUGCAGGCGCAAAAGAAGGAAACCGUGGAUAUAUCUCAUCUCCAUAACCCGUAUGCCGGCCUUAAGAACGCCUGGCAACUCACCGAGACCAUUGAAGAGUUCGUACAACGCGUGCCGCCCGCAACAACAGACGAAACUCCAGAAGACCCUUGGAUUUGGGUUUGUAAUCCAUACAUCAAUCGCAAAAAGAAACAUGAAGCAAGUAAUCAAAUGAUCCCUGGCGGCGAAGAUGAAGCUCCCGAAGAGGUUGGUGCAGACUUACCUAGUGUGGUUGAGGGCGGGAUGGCAAGACUACAUCUUGCCUCGGAAUUCAUCGACGCAUGCAAGAGGUCCGGAAACCAGCCAGGUGCUAUCACUCGAGAGUGUCGGAAAGCCGGGUUAGACGCAGCCAAAGAUAUUCUCAACCUCGCAAGGAUGCUACGUGUGAGAUGUGGAAAGUGGAUGCUCUUCUGUUCUGUCUUCCAGGUUAACGAGAUUUGGGAGACUGUCGCCAAAGCCACGGCAAAUAAUGAGCUUGGUAUUGGCGCCAAGGUCGCGCCACGAUCGACUACUGAUAAGAGGACGGACCGGCUCAUCUGCGUCUAUACCGCCGAUUUCUCCGAUACGAAGGACGUUAAGAGGGUCGCCGAGAAGUUGAAGCAGCUCGGGCUCAUCCAGGCUAGGGACCGACCAAUUUACUACAAACCUGAUGUGUACACUUACCUAGGCAUAGCACGUGGCAAUCCUUGGGAGAUAAGGGCCUCUAUAUACGAUAGUACCUCUAUGCUUAAGAAAGGGUAAGGUGGGAGUAGACAGCCAGAAUCGAGGAAAAUAGAGAAAUAUGA